CGCGGUGCAGGCUGGGAUGUGAGUUCCACACUGACCCUCCUCCCCUUCCCCAGACCCAGGCCAGUUCCCGGUGACCAUGGUGGGCACCUACUGUUGUGUGCCGGGCUGCUUCAACAACACACUCAAGAACAAGGAGCUCUCCUUUCACGUCUUCCCCAAGGACGAGACGCUGCGCGGCGUUUGGAUCAGAAACCUGUCGCGCUUGGACGAGAGAAAAUUCAGCGUGUGGCAGCCCAAAACCCAUCACAAAGUCUGCGACGCCCACUUUGCUGGAGGCAAGAAGACCUACAUGAACAAUGUGCCCAUCGUCUUCCCCGUGAAGGUCGAGAGGUCCCGCAAGAAGGAGCAGGCCAGGCUCCUGCUGCUGGGUGCCAAGAUUACCCCACCAGGCCAGCUGUCACAAGAUGGAAGUCAAUUUAACUAUCCCCAGAAUGUCUUGACAUUUCAUAAGAGGGCAAAACAGAAGUAUGGGCAGAGACAACAGAAGGAUUUUCCAAAAAGAACCAAAGUACCUUUUACUAGCUCCACAGUUCCAAAGAAAGGAUCAGUUGUAGCAUCUCUAUCACUGAAUCAUCAAGAGGGUGAUGAUGAAAAAGCUCGAUUUGAAGCUGCACAGACCCUGCUGGAUAUCUUUAAAGUUAACUCAAGCUAUGAAGGUGUUCAAAUGACCACUGUUUGUGAAGCACUGCAACAAAUAAAUGAAAAACUAAAUACAGAAAUUGCUGGGUUGAAAGAUGAGCAUCGGUAUCUAAAGGCAGAAUAUAAUCAAAUCAGUGGGGAGCUGAAAAGAUUUAAAGAUGGUGAAUCCAGAUGUUGCACUCAGUUUCCAACAUAUUCAACAAUUCCACGGCUGCAGACCAAAGCUUCAGCUGAAUGUAGCCCAGAUCAGCCUAGUGUUUACCCAGACACACCUACUGACUGGAGUAUUAAAACAAGAGUCCUGAUUACCUCACCUACUCCAUUCUCCUGGGCAAAAUCAAGUAUCAAGUUGUUACCAGGAAUGGGAUCCAUUCACAGAACAGCAAUAAAAGCUGAUGAUUUUUAUAUUAAACAGGAACCUGAUGAUAGCCCUACUUUAAAAUGUGCCUUCCAGCAGAGUCUGAAAUACUGGAUGUAUCCCAGGCUACCCUGGCUGCAACUUUUUCCAAGAAUUGGUGUUGAUAGUGUAUCAGUUGAUGAUGGUUUACAGUGGUCCCCGGAUUACAAGAUACAGAAUAUUUUAAUGAAAGACUGGUUGUCAUCCUGUAGCUCACUCUUUGACCUCCUACAGUCCGGACAUUGCCCUUUCUUUUACAUCUGUACAUACCAAUUCACAGUGCUUUUCAAGGCUGCUCAGAAAUCCAGAAGAGAAUCAAUUUCGGCCUUGUUGUACCCAGCAAAUGUGGAAGUUCUAGAAGCGAUGAGAUUGUCAGAAGUUGUGUUCUCAACAUAUUUAGUUGAGAAUUCUCAGGAAAAUGUUCAUGUGAACCUUUCUUCACCACAUGGAUGUGGGUCAGUACAUCUUACACCAGCUCAUUUGAAUUAUAUCAAAAACAUUAAAAAAACUAUUGACUCACAUGCACAGAAGUCUUUUCCACCCAUAAAGACAGAACCUCAGGAAGAAAUUCCAACAGCUGAAUCAUCCGAAUGCUAUCUACACCAGCGAUAUCAGGAUAUGCAGCUGAAAUUCCUGGUCGUAGUUGAAGGAUCCUACACAGAAUCCUUAAUCACUUUUCUAAUGAACUCAUCACAUAUAGUCGCACAAGAGGGUGUACAGAGAGGGUUGCCACCCACACUGCUUUGCCCUGUGGCCUUUCCCGGAGCAGCUUUACAGUUGCUUCAGGUUUCUAAUACUUGUGGAAAAGUCCAGAGUUGCCACGGUCCUUUAGACUCUUACAGCUUGGAGAUCACAGGUCCCAUUCUUCCACACUGUAUGGACUAUAUCAAUCAUAUUCUGCAGUGCAACAAGUAUGGUGUAACAUUGAAUGUUGUUAAUGUCCAUGAGUGCACUGCCGUCUUCAAUGUUCAUUUAUCUAAUUAAUCAAAAUCGAAACACUAUACAUUUGUUGUCACCACUAUGUCAUAAGUAGUUAUACUGUUGUGAAUCUCCAGUAAGCAGUUCUGCAUUUCUUCCGAACUCAAAUCAUUGCCCUAUGUCCAAGCUACUCUCUCAAAGCUGUGGGAAUUGUAACAAAAAAAAAGUAUAUUUUUAAAUAAGUGUUCAUACCCACAAUUUAACUGUUGUAACAAUCCUACAGGUGUAGAUUUGUCAUGCAAGUAAGCUUGGCUUUGAAGAAUUUGUUUUAACGUUUCCAUUUCAGUCAAGAAUUGUCUCUUGUGUCCUUACUUAGCAGCCAUUUCAUUCAUUGAUACUCAAUUAUUUUGUGAACAUUAACUACACAAUUAUUGUUAAAGUACAUUUUUCUGCAUCUGGCAUAAUACUGAUCAGUGUUGUGAAUAUAUAUGUAUAUAUUCCUUUUAUAUCUAAUUUGAUUAUGGCAAUAUAAUGUACUGAGUUAUAUUUAUAUUGUGUAUUAACCAUUGACUGACAGGGAAAAAACGGUCUUAGCAAAGUCUGGGUGCAGUGCAGGGAAUCCUACUAUUUGCAAUUAUGUUGCAUUAAGUUAACUGUUACAUAUUUGGAGAUUAAAAAUAAAUGUUAUCUAUAUUUGGUGCUCGAUAAUCUUAAAUGGUAUCAGUUGUAAUAAACAAAUAUUAAUUAUA